UCACUAACACAAACCACAAAACCUCAGAAACACAAAAUGUUCCGUGAAAUCACCGCCGACGCCGAGCUCGAAGCGAUGGAGCGCCACUGCCUCGAGCACCGCGGGCAUUACGGAUUGCGCAUGGGCUAUGUCUUGCACAAUGCCAGGCGCGGACGCGUGCCCACUGCUCGCUUCUACGCCGACCUGGGAGACGUGACUGCCGGCCGAUUUGCCGCUGCUGCGCAUGGCGCUGGCACCACCGAGCCGGGUUCGUCACCGACCUCUGCCGCGAGUCCUAAGAGUGGCGGCGAGAGUGCUGCGUGCACAAUGAUCAUCAUGGUGCACCCGACGGCCGACGAAGACACGAUCGCGCUCGACGCGACCACUCCGGAGGCUGCGCGCGUGCUCAUUCACGAGCACUUGACAAACUUUACACUGCUUGGCAUUGCGCAUCCAAGCAACCCGCAACGACCACGACGGAGCAUUACAUUCUCUGGCUUUGACGAUGCCCACUUUACUGAAAACAUUCGCCAAGUCUUCCCUCAAGAGUCAGGAUUCGUGCUCAAAUACCAUCCUUGCAAAAUGUACUCGGCAACCAACCCAGCGCUCUUUGCGCCAGAGCUGUACUUGCCCAAGCUCCAAGCGGGAUGGACGUUGGGGCCGCUUCGCGCCGAGGACGCGCCGAUGGUCAAUCAAUUGUGGCCCUACUCGUCGCCCGGCACGCUGGGAUUUAUCGCAGACCUGAUUACCACCUACCCUUCCAUGUGUCUGUUUGUCGACGGCACGCCUGCAUGCUGGUGCCUCACCCAAAACUACGGCGCCAUGGGCAUGCUGCACACAAAGGACGAGUUUAAGCGGCAGGGUCUCGGGAAGAUUGUCAUGAUGGCGCUGUCGCAACAUCUCCACUCCAAAAACCACGUCCCGUUCUUGUAUGUCGUUCAUCCCAACACCGCCUCUCACGGGCUCUUCAAGUCACUCAAUUUCCCUCAAGAAGACCGCGACCAGAGCUGGCUGCUCGUGCAUCCCCCAAAAGACCAAUAGACCAGCCAAGCUGAUCGUGGGAACGAGUGUGUACUGUAUGAUUUGAUAUUUGCAACUAAUACAAGAGUCAUUCAUUGGAUGAAA